CAGAAACAAUAAUAACAAAAAUGUAAACAUUGACAACAUAUUACGUUUAGGUCGUAUUUUUGUUUUUUUCCGUUUUUGUUCGAAUCAAAACUAAAUGUUGCAGUGUUUAAGAUGCCAUGGUACUUUCCCUGGUCUGAUUCGAUUAAAAAGCGGGCUUGUAGAUAUCUACUGCAACAUUAUGUCGGCCAAUUCUUACAGGAAAAGUUGACGUUGGAUCAACUGAGUGUCGACCUCUUCAAUGGAAAAGGCAUUGUAAAAGAUGUUCCCCUGGAUGUUUGUGCACUAAAUGAGUUACUUGAGGGAGCAAAUGUUCCUUUGGAAAUCCUUGAUGGCUUCAUUCACACCAUCUCUGUGUCUGUGCCAUGGAGUUCACUCAUGCAAGAAAAUUGUGAGGUUGAAGUCCAAGGACUUGAAGUUGUUGUGGCAAUAAAGAAAAAUGUUGAUUUGGGUGGCAGUUUUACAUCAGAGUCGUUGCCAUUUAGUUCUAUGACAACAAGUUUACAACUUGCACAAGAAUGUUUAAAAGACAAUGAACCAAAUGAGGAGGAAACAACAUCUCAACAAACAUUUGAUGGUUUGGAAUCAUUUGCACAGACUAUUGAGUCAGUGUUGUCCCGAAUAAAGGUGAGUUUUGAAGAUGUUCUUAUCCGUUUUGAACAUCUCCUACGUCACAAAAGAUCAGGUGUUGGUCUGGAACUUCACAUAGAGAGAAUAAACUACUCAGACCUUUCAAGCGAUGUCUCCUGCGGUGACCAAUCCAGUUUCGACGUCUACGAUCCACCCACUCUCGCAAACAAACAGCUGAAGAUAUUCGGCCUGAGUUUGAGCAUGGACGAAUUUCACGAGAACUCACGUACUAUUCUGCGCAAUACUCCAUAUAAGCCUGAACCAACGUCUCCGCCAGAUAGUGUGACGUCAUCGCCGCCCGUGUCUCCGUACCAGAGCGCGAUAUUCAACCAGAGUUUGAUGGUAAAACAACUGAGCCAACAAUCACUUUUGCCACCUGUAGUCAUACUUUCAAGCGCCGGAAAGCAAGAGGCCAACGUGAAAUGGAAAGUGAAUCCAUCCAGUGCAGGUCCGAAGGUUGAAUUUUCAUAUUUUCUUGGCACGCUGAACGCCCUGCUGUCUCCAAAACAACUUCACGUUCUGUUGGAGAUGAUGGAAGACAUAAACAGGAUGCACGACGCAGAUCCAUAUUCGACUAAACAUGAAGGAAUGACAAACAAACCGAUGAAAGCGGGCGAUUUUCAAAGAAUCGAAAAGGAGCUUCACGAACAGAUGGUGAACGAACGAAAACAACAUUCCAAAGUCGAUCUGUGGUGCGCACAGUUCGAUAACGAGGCUGAUGGGCCACUUUCUCUCGCGUCGCAGGGAACGGCCACCAGCGAGGAAACAUUUUAUUCUCUGACUGAAAAUGGCGAUGAAAUACUCAACAAUGAAUCGCCCCUAAAAGCGAAUAUUUUCCCAGGAUACACACAAGGACUGGUACAGAAGGUUUCAGAGGCUGGGAUUGGUCCGAUGGGUGUUUCCCCAUCUGGUGAUGUGCGUCAAAAUGGUCUGUUAAUGCCAAAACUGUCCAUCCCAAACCCUGGUUUAGCAGCUGUACCAGGUCUGGAUGAUGAUAAUCUUACAAAAGCGCAGCUGGAUUUGAGCGGAUUGUCUGUAACCUUGCUGCUACAAGAUCCACCAUCGCCGACCGUUAUUGGCCAGUCUCGUGAUGACGAAUCUAAAAACCAUGUUCUGUGUAAAAUCGCGGACAGAUUCUUCGAUCGAAUGUCAUCCACGGCUUUUGGCGUCAAAGAUUUGGAAACGAUACAGAAGAAAUUCAACGAUGCUUGUCUUCAAAGUCAUCUUAGGUGUUUUCUUACAACUGUGAGCGUAUCGGCCGAACUGUCCAGUACGUCCGCGUGUCAAAAUGUAACCACCGAAGUAUCUGUUGGUACGGCGAGAUUGAUAGAAUGUUUAGUUGACGACACGAACGAAAAAGUCAAACACAAUCUAACGCAGGUUCUUAGCGUUUCUGGGAGCAAUGAGAACCAAUCUCGCAUGGGUAAUUUUGUCAGAGUACCAAAGCCAAGUCUGAAGGCGAAAUACAAGAGCAUACAACGGAGUUGUUCACCUGCGUCUAUUCAGGGUCGUCACAGUGUUAUUCCAAGAACCGAAAUUGAUGUUCAGUUGGGUGAUGUGGAAGUGGAGGUCGAUGUGACUCUUAUAGACCGACUACACGGCGUAUUCUACCCUACGGUUGCAUCUGCUGGUCAACCCAAACCAUCGUCGCACUAUUUCGCCUCUGCUCCACUUCAUACUGAUGCAAACGAACAGGCUUUAUUCUCAAGAACUAUGAACGAUGGUUCCUCUUGUGAGCAGAAAAUUCAAGUUCAUGUUCAAUGUUCAUGUUUUUCCGCGUCAGUCAGGUUUCCAAUCCUGGACCUGCGCCCCCCGGACGUGCGAGUUACUCCUCCGUUAUGGCAGAAACGACUGCGUGAUGAAAUGUGUUUGAUUCGUUGCACAGACGUCACAUUUGAGACAUGUUUACAAGAUAGCCAGGCAGCUAAAACGUAUGAGUUGAGAUUCAAAACUAUGGAUGGUUACUGGAAGUCUAAUGCGAAAAGCGCCGAAGAUCAUUUUAUCCAUGUGAGUCAACGGCAUUCUGGUAAUGAAGACGAUGAAAAUGGUUUCGAUUUUCCAAGGAUUGUGAUUUCCACUCAACCGGUAUCAGGCCCGGUACUGGAAGAAGAAUCGUCUGGUGAUAGUUCUCCUGACAGUUUAUCAGAUACGUGUCCAAUGUUCAAACAAGAGCCUUCGCCUUUCUCUUCAAAACCUGUCAUGUACGAUAAAGAAGAGCUGGUGGUGCCCGGUGAUCCUUCAGAGAUGAAAGAAUUUCAAGAAAAGACGUCAGUUUUCUCUAAGUUACACUUGGAACUGAACUUUCCCGAAAUCGAUGUAAAUUUCCAAGACCCGCCAUUCUUCGAACUGAUUUAUAACAGGUUUGGAAAUGACCUGUUGUUAUGGGAACCAACACCAGGACCUGAUAGCCAACAACAAGACGCCAACGCAGUGCUUGCUAAUACCUGGAUUGAUUUCGACGUUGCUGCGAGGUUAAAAGAUGGCAAAAAUGUUCAAAGCACUUUUCAAAUGUGUCGCUCAGUUAUCAAUGAAGACUCGUAUUCAUCAGAGGAAGACGACAGCGAUGUUUCAGAUCAACAAAAGGUCAUACAUACAACGGAGAAGAAGCCGAGCAGUAGUCUUGCUCUAACCUUGAACUCUUCAAAGUUGAGAAUCGCCAUGUUUCCGAGGACGAAGUUUGAAAACGAAAAUGGUUAUGGUAAAAUACUGUUGCAUUUCGAAAACGCUCAGCUGUUCUAUGUGCUGGACUACAAGGGACAGCCUAACUUGUGCUACAUUAGCACCCAGGCCCAGACAUGUUCGCUUUACCACGCCGUCCACGUUGACGAUAUCGAGAGAAAUAUGGAUGAUACUGUUUUUGUACCCGGCGAUUUGUACCCAACUAUAUACGAGUCUGACUCCGGGGUCAAAGUGACGGGAUCUAAAACGAGUAUGGAUAAUAAUCGAGCUAUGUUGUCAUUAGCCGUCAAAAGUUACUGGGACAUGGAGAGAAAUUCUAAGGACAUUGUUGUUGCGCUGUCAUUGUGUGGCGGUACAUUACGUCAUCGCAUGGUAAACGAAGGACAAGUCUGGAUACUGCAGAUGAUCGACUAUUUUGGGGUAGUUGAUGAGGAGGUCGUUGGUUUCGUUCCUCCUGUGGUGGUAACAAUGCUGCAUAUUCAUUUCUGGGACUGUGCUCUUUAUUACAGACCAAUCUAUAUUCCAUAUCAAGUAUUGAUCACGAUCGAAGGUUUCAGCAUCUCGAGCAAUAUUACGGUGGACUCUAAAACCUCCAUUCUAAGAUUUAUCAUCGAUAAUGCGGUUAUGCUCAUUUCAAAUAACCAAAAUGAAACAACGAAUGUUGUUAAAGACUAUGUAUCCGUUGCGGACGUGGAUUUAUUAGAAUUGUCAAUAAACACAGUAAAUGAUGAGGAAAUGAAGUCACCGAAGCGUACGCUGACUUUGUCGAAUAAUAUCGUGCAUGUCCGAACCUGUUCCGACUCGCUGUCGGCUGUUCUCGACAUUGUUCGUUAUAUUGUGUCUGAUGGGGAUUUACCUAUUGAUACCACCGUUCAAUCAAAUCACAUUCUCAACACCGACGAAGGUAAAGAAAUAGUCGAUGAUUCUCCGGUCGAACAGCGUAACGCCGAAGAUGGAUGUCUUCAUGAUCUAAUGUCGGAUGCUAUGGAUGAAAGUCUUGAAGACAGACCUGAUUUCGCUGAUGGUGAAAAUGAGGUUCUCAAAGAUGAUACUCAAUCAAAAACUGACGUUUUUCAUUUUCCUGAUGAGUCGCAAAUCGCCGCCUCAUCUCCAGAUGGAGACAUUCACCCACCGGGUAAAGAGGACUUUGCUGACGAGUGGUCUGACGAGGAGUUCUGUAUUUUAGACCACCCCGAAAAAGAAGAGGAUGUGGUUUGUGAUGGUCCUGAAGUUACGUCAUUUUGUGAUGAAAUAAAGAUAAUCCCUGAUCAUUUCCGAAUACCUGUUGGCGGUGUAGACCAACUAAAGCCUCCCAGUAAUUUCCCCACCCCGCUUUUCUGCUACACAAUAAAAGAAAUGUCUGUAAUCUGGCAACUUUUUGGAGGCAGCGAUUUCGAAGCGAGGAGAAAUAACAAAAGGAGGACAAGGAACAAUCAGUACGGUCAAAAUACUACAGAUAAUGACCGUGAAUAUCAUGAGGAUGAUAACGUGGACGAUGAUCCUGUCGUCAUCGGUAACCAUGGUAACAGAAAGAGAAGUUCCAGUACAAGAAUAAAUUGGAAGACGAACGGGGGAGAGUCACGCGACCUUAACACUUUAGUCGAAGUGCAGUUGAACAAAGUUCGUUUUCAAUAUGAAGAUUAUCCAGCCGAAACUAAACAGGCGUGGAGACAAGUUCUGCUUGUUCAGGAUGUGGAAAUACGCGACCGACUGUCAUCUUCGCAAAUCAACAAAUUUUUGUAUCAGUACUCAACUGAAGCACGGCCGAGACAGACUCAUUCGAAUAUGAUUUCCAUAAAGAUGCUUGGUCUUCGACCAGAUGACGGUCUCAGUUCACAAGAAGGUUGUUUGAGAGUGUCCUUGAAACCUUUACGACUCAACAUUGACCAGGAUACCCUUCAGUUUAUCAUUAAUUUCUGCAAAGACCUUUCUGGUACAGAUGAUGGUAAUAUACAUGACAGUGAACCUCAAGUGGCGAUGUCGAUGUCAACUUCGCAAGAUAUCUCUGUUGAUAGAAACAUGGAAGAAAACAGCGAUGCGCCAAUCUUCUUCCGACUGGUCGAAUUUUCUCCUGAUGUUCCCAUUAGACUUGAUUAUCAUGGAAAACAUGGCAUGGAUAUGGGGCAGAGAAGUCUGGCUGGAGUGCUGUUCGCGUUCGCGCAGUUGAACUGCUCUGAAAUCACGCUGAGACGAUUGUGUCACAGAAGUGGCCUGAUGGGUUUUGAUCGAGUUCUUAGUUAUGUCCUUAAUGAAUGGGCGAAUGAUAUCAAGAAAAGACAAAUUCCAGGUAUCCUUGGAGGAGUCGGACCGACAUAUUCAUUGGUACAGUUAUUCCAAGGAGUGAAGGAUCUAUUCUGGUUACCCGUGGAACAAUAUCGUCGAGAUGGUCGGAUUAUGAGAGGGCUUCAACGUGGAGCCAGCUCGUUCACGACCUCUUCAGCAAUGGCAUUCAUUGAACUUACCAAUAAAUUGGUUCAAGUCGUUCAUGGCGCUGCCGAGGUGGCGUAUGAUAUAGUCAGUCCCACAGAGAAUAAUUUAGCUCCAGGAUCACAUGGUAAACUUGUCAGGCGACGUGUUAACUCCGAGCCAGCAGAUUUUAGACAAGGAAUAGCGAAUGCUUAUAACGUUGUCACCGAGGGCUUUGGUAAAACAGCGUCGAACAUCGUGCAAGUGGCAAAAGAGGAACACGAAAAUAAAGGUGUGACCGGCGCUGUUGGGGGUGUAUUACGUCAUAUUCCCUCAGCCGUCGUUCAACCAAUCAUAUUAGCGACUGAAGCAACGUCAAAUGUACUUGGCGGAGUUCGUAAUCAAAUUUUACCGGACGCUAGGCGCGAAGCCGCUGAGAAAUGGCGUGUCGAUGAAUAAGGCGGCUGAAUCUAUACAAUUGUUCAUAAUGCGAAUAAUAGACGAAAAUAAUGUAUAUAUAAUUGAUACUGAUAAUACGGGAAUAUGCCCUAUGUAAAGUGAUUCAGAUCCCGUUGUUUUACCAGUUCAGCAAUAAAACUAUAUAUUUCCAACCGGCGAAUGCAAUAAACGAGAUAAAUAGAGACCAUUGUAAAAGCGAAUAUUUUUUAAAUUAUAGCGUAAACAUAAAUCUCAUGUUUAUUUCCCAUGCACGUUUAUUUUGUUUUAUAUAAGAACCAAAGGUCAUUUGUAUUUUCUCGACAAUAACAAUGAAAAUGGCGGGAAAUUUUUGAAAUUCGUCAUAUCAUGCACUCCCAAAUGUGACAUACGUAAAAUUCCUGCACCGUGACCCGGUUGUAUAUAUAGUGGCACGUAUAUGGUAUCUUUUUCAAUAUAAUACUACUGUCCAUAUAACAAACGCAAAUAUACUGCAAUAUUAGUUUUUAGCAUAAUGUUGUUAUAUCGAGCAUUGUUAGUGGUUUGUUGUCAAAUGCAUCGUGUUGACUUCACAAAUAACCGCGCAUCAAGCGUAUUCAUCGUAUUCAAGCGUUUUAGUGUGAACAGUCGAAUACGCUACGAAAACGGUAGUGUGAACGCGAAUCGAUCGAUGCGUUUUCGGUCUUGCGAAACCGCAUACAAACGAAAACGCACUAGUGUAGACAGGCCCUGAGACGACUCGACUGCCUGGGAGAUGUUUUUGUCAAGUAGAGUGCAUGUGGCGGUGUGGACAAGACGCUGUUUGGAUAAAACGAACCCUUGUGUGUGCGACCAUCUGUGGCUGUUGUACCGCACAGUACUAACGAGAGUUCGUCCACCGCUUAUAGUCAGCACAGUGUAAAAUUAUUAAAACAUAAAGAAAAAUCAUUAUAAGUAUACAGAGAAAAUUGAAGAUGCAAAUGCUAAGCUUACAAGUCUGGCUGUGUUCAUAAAUUCAUGAAUAUUUUUUAUGUCAU